UUACCACCUUUUUCUCGUUCGACACAAAUAAUUCUCUGGUGGUGUAUUCUUGAUCAAUUUGCUUUUUUUGAUCUACUUGUCACCGCAACCUUUCAAGUUUCUCUUUUCUUUUCUCUUUUUUUUUUCUCUUGACUUGGCCUUGUCUAGCUGCUUUUAUUGGCUAGAAAACUAUCUUCAUUGCAGUCUGUACUUUAUCGAUUGAUAUUGUAAAAGUACACUUUUGCUCUGAUCUCGCUUUCUCAGAGUAUCACUAUAAUCCCGCGUUCAAACAUGCUGGCUACAAUGCGACCUGCCCCAAUACAUGCAACAGAUUCAUCUUCAGCGCAAUACGCAUCUCAUCAAGCCAGUACGUCAUCCAAAUCUACAAACAGAUCUACACAAAUGAACAAACCAAACGGUUCAGCAAGACCUCGGGCCAAGAAGGACACUCCUGGCACUGGAAAACAACUCGCUCCUGGUCUACUCUCUCUGAGCAAGCCAAUCGAUGAAUUUCAAGAUUCAGAUGACGCCGAAAAGUCAUCAUCAACAACUUCCAAGAAACAAUUAAAGAAGAAGAAGCAAGUCGCUGCGUCAGCCGACCCUUCUUCAGUAGCAGCGCCAAAUGCAUCUGUCAAGCCUAGAAAGAAGGCCUUGGCUAUCGACGAAAUCAAAGCGGAUGAAAACCAACUCUCCCGAUCCGCUCCUGAUUCACACUCAAGCUCUGAUUGGGAUAUGCCUCAAUCAACAAAAGCUGCCAAAGACGCAAAUUCAAACGCUGCUUUGACCUGGCAACAACAGCUUCUCAACUCUCAAGCACCAAAAUCUGCCUCUCUGGAGAAGAAGAAAGGUGGAAAGAAAGACAAGGCUACAAAUCCUUCUGUCAAGAGCAAAGGCUCACAAGCUGUGGAUGUCAGCAAAAAUGAGGCUUCUUCCGCUUUGACUUGGCAACAAGAGCUAUUCGGCUCGAACAACAAAGCUCGUGGACCUGCAUUUGAUGUUUUUGCAGAUGAAAGGGACGCAAUGACUUUUGGAGGCAAUGCCUCUGGUCAACCACCUAACAAAGGCGGAAAGAAGAAGCAAAGACAAAGAGCUGACAGCCUUGGCGAUAUCGACCUUCACAACAAUCACAAUGCCGCUCAUGGCCGACCAAGCAAACCGAAGAACAGCACUCAUUCUUCGUCUGUUCAUCUCGGUGCAAAUGGUUCAUCCUCUUCACCUUCUUCUGGCCCACCAACGACUCCCAACAAGUUGGCAUAUGCCGGCCCCAAUUUCCACAACUCGCCCUCACCAGCCAGUCUUCCUGUACCAAAGUUCUUGCAAUCGAAGAAUGGGGGCGUUGUAAAUGGUACAGGAAUGAACCCAAGUAUGAGUGCAAAUGCAACGAGUAACAGCUCUCUGUUUGCUCGUGAAGCACAAGCGCAACAACAACAGCAACAACAACAAUUCUACCAACAACCUCAACCAAUGUUUCAUCAUCCACCUCCACCGCCUUAUCCGCCAUUUGCACAAUAUCCUCAUCCUGGGCCAUACAACCAUCCUGCCCAGCAUAUUGACCCGAACAUUUCAAUCUCUUCUCAUUCAUCCGAUGAAGAACAAGAUGCAAGCUUUUCACAUUCCAAAUCACGUUAUAUCCGUGGCGUCACUGCUCCACCAGAAUUACCUUCAACUCCUCUUAUGAACGGAACGACGGGUGAUGAAAGUGUGAACAGCGUUGGUAAUAAUCGCAACGAGACUAUCGAAAAUCUCUUGGCCAGAAUGAUGCGUCCUGGUAGCGAUUGAUUCGGUUCUCCUUUUU